AUGGCAACAUUCGACAGUGAUGGCGUCUCCUCCUAUCUUUCUGACUCUGAUUUUGAGGAUGAUUAUGAAACGAGGAAGUCAGAGACUGAUACAUCAGCUCAAGAGGCAAGAAAUGGCAAAGACAUUCAAGGGAUUCCAUGGGAAGGGUUUAAAUACACAAGAGAGGAAUUCCGUGAGACAAGGCUAAAAGAAUAUGACAAUUUUGUCAAUAUCUUAACCCCUCAAUCUCGGGAAAAGCUUGAUAAGGAAUACCUGCAAGUUGAGAAAGGAAAGAGCUUUUACGACUUCCAAUUCAACACAAGGCUUGUUACAUCCACAAUUGUGCAUUUUCAGCUUCGGAACUUGGUAUGGGCGACAUCAAAGCAUGAUAUAUAUCUAAUGCAAAAUUAUUCAGUCAUGCACUGGUCAUCUCUACUCCAGAGAGGGAAAGAAGUAAUUAACGUUGCCAGAUCAGUCACCCCUACUUUGAAACUACCUGGAUUGUUGUCUGAACCACUCUUCAGGGUGCAAGUUAGCAGCAUGGCAGUCAAAGAAAAUCUAAUCUUAUUAGGAGGAUUCAACGGGGAGCUUCUCUGCAAGUGUGUAAAUCAGCCUGGGAUUGCUUUCUCCACAAGAUUAACAACAGAAGAUAAUGCCAUAACAAACACAGUUGAUUUAUACCGAAGUACGAGUGGAGCCCUUAGGUUUAUAACCGCAAAUAACGACCGUAAGAUUCGGAUAUUCGAUGCUCAGAGCUUUACACAUGUCAGUGAAUUUCCUUUUGAUUGGUCUGUCAAUAAUACCUCAGUGAGCCCAGAUGGAAAAAUGCUCGCAGUACUCGGGGAUAGUGCAGAAUGCUUGAUCUCUGACUCACAGUCUGGGAAAGUCAUUUCAAGCCUCGAAGGCCACAAAGACUACUCGUUUGCAUCGGCUUGGCACCCAAAUGGUCUAAUCUUAGCAACGGGAAACCAAGACAUGACAUGCCGUCUAUGGGACAUUCGAAACCCAUCAAAGUCAUUCGCUGUCUUGAAAGGAAACAUUGGAGCCAUCAGAGGAUUGAAGUUCACAUCAGACGGGCGGUUCCUUGCCAUGGCUGAGCCCGCAGACUUUGUUCACAUCUUUGACACGCAAUCUGGGUUUGUUCAGUCCCAAGAGAUUGAUCUGUUUGGGGAAAUAGCUGGGAUUUCAUUCAGUCCCGACACAGAAGCACUGUAUGUCGGGGUUGCGGACCGCACUUAUGGAAGCUUGUUGGAGUAUAAGAUGAGAAAGGACAAUCAGUAUAUGGACUCCUUUUACUGA